GUGGCUUAGUCAAAUAGUGGGGGCCCCCACACUCAUUAAUGCCAUUUUUAAAAUAAUAAUAAUAAACCAAAGAAAAAGGAAGAGAGAGAGAGAGGCAAUGACUGCAGACACAUCUCUUAGCAAUAAUUAGAACCAGGAGGUUUUCUGAAGGAGAGACCGAGGACAAAGGAUGAAAAGGGACGUUUAGGGGGAUGAUUGGGCUAAGUGGACUUUUCCUACUCGCAGUCCUCUCUCUCUUCGUUAUACAGUUUCUGAAGCUGCUAUGGGCGCGGACUCACUUCCCCCCAGGACCGACGCCUCUUCCCGUUAUUGGCAAUCUGUGGCUCCUGGAUUUUUCCCUUAAGAAAGAGAUUCUUGCUAAGCUGGCAAACAUCUAUGGAGACAUCUACACCGUCUGGGUGGGAACCAUGCCUUUUGUCGUGCUGAAUGGAUACAAGGCAGUGAAAGAGUGCCUUGUCACUCACUCGGAAGAGACUGCGGGAAGAGCGCUCUCACCUUUCUAUAAGGAUCUGAUGGGCGAAAAAGGCAUUUAUCCUACGAACAACCAUAACUGGAAGCAGCAGAAAUACUUUGCCAUGAUGGCACUAAGAAGUCUUGGGAUGGGGAAGAAGCACCUGGAACACAGAAUUCACAACGAAGCCCACCAACUCCUAAUGGCAGUGACAAGCAAAGAAGGUUUAGCCUUUGACCCCCAGACCCCCAUAAACCACGCUGUGGCCAACGUCAUCUGCUCUUUGCUGUUUGGGCAUCGCUUCGCCAGUGAGGACAACUCUUUCAACCGAUUGAUAAAAGCCACCUAUUUGAUCGUCUUCAUUCCGGCUUCUUUCAGGGGUGGGGUAUAUAAUGUUUUCCCGCGGAUUAUGCGCCGCCUACAAGGGUCGCAUCAACAAGCGUUUGAAUACAACAACUUCCUCCAUGCCUUUGUGAAGGAUGAGGUCCAAAGCCACCAGGAAAGAUGGAAGGAAGGUCAAGAACCAGAGGAUCUCAUUGACCUCUACCUGGACCAAAUGGCAAAGAGCAAAGAUGAGCCAACGUCCACUUUCAAUGAAGACAACUUGGUUCAAACUGUAGUUGACCUCUUGAUCGGAGGGACCGUGAGCACCACGACUAUCCUGUACUGGGGAUUGCUUUACUUGUUAAAAUAUCCAGAUGUUCAAGAGAAAAUCCACGAGGAGAUAGAUGCCAUUCUGAGACCUUCCCACGUCAUCACUUACGAGGACCGGAUUAAAGUGCCCUACACCAACGCUGUACUUCAUGAGGUGAUGCGCCAUUGCAAUGUGUCCCUCACCGGGCCUUUCCGGAAAUGCUUGGAGGACAUCACUUUGCUGGGCUUCCCCCUUAAAAAGGGGACCCUGGUGCUGCCCAACCUUCACUCGGCGCUGUAUGAUCCAGAGUACUGGGAGACCCCCUGGACCUUCAACCCGGGGCACUUCCUCGACUCGUUUGGCCGGUUUGCGAGCAACAAAGCCUUCUUGCCUUUUUCGACAGGGCGCCGGUCCUGCGUGGGAGAACCUUUGGCAAGGAUUGAGCUUUUCAUCUUCUUCGCUAACCUGCUGCGUGCCUUCAAGUUCCACCUUCCAGACGCAGAAAAGGAAGUCAACAUGGAAGCCAUUAAUGUAGGUACCUGUCAGCCGCACCCGUACAGGAUCCUCGCAAUUCCACGCUAACCCAACCUGGCUGCAAUUUCCUUCCAGGAGCAGCUGGGUGGGCCAGAAGGGGAGCUGUUGGAAGAGCCCAUGUCAUCCAUUCUCAUUGCCAGCAGUGGCUCGCAAGCUUCUUAGAGCUGCCACCCUCAACCUUAGUUACCUGUUGCUCAGGUGAACUUCAGCUUGCACCAGGAGAAGUCUCCCGGAAAGAAUCAAUGAAUGGCCAUCUUCUCCCUCUCUCCAGGUGAGAGAUGGAGAAGUGGCUGAGAGCGAAAACCCAGGUGGGAGCUGGGAGGAAAGGCAGCCACAGGUGACAGGUGUGGCUUCCACCCAAGGCUUGCGGGUUAAUUGCAGCGAACUUUCUGGAAUAACAAUUCUGCACCUCCCCCAAUUCUUAUGCUGCCAUUUUAUUUCUUUGUUAGGCAUUCUUCUCUCUCCUGUUCAUUUUUAAGUGACUAAAUUAGGUUAGUUUAUUUGUAGCGUUUUAUACAACUCAGUAGGGAUUGGUUCCUUUGCAUUUACUUAUUGACAGUAUUAAAUCUAAUUGUUCCUAGUAUGUGUCUUGAAAUGUUAUCCUGACUCUUUGGGCACCGUUUUGUGGAGAUCACACUUUGUGAUCCCAAUGGAAGUGGGCUGAGGUUCAUAAAAGCUUGUGCCAUAAUAAAUGUGUUUAUU